GCGGCCCGCGGUGGCCACGGCGGCGGCAGCCGAGUUUCCCCGGCGGCGGCCCGGGGGCGCAUCCUCCCGCAACUGUCAAGCGCUGGCGGCGGAAAUGAUGAGGCGCUGGCCAUUUUCCGAGCCCGGGUUUCCUGCCUGAGCGCCGCUCGAUAGAGCCGCGAGCCAGCAGCCGGCGCGCGGCGAGGACGCUCCGGGCGGGCCCGCCCGCCCCCCGGGGUCUCGGCGGGCCGGAGGCGCGCGGCGCCAUGGGCCGGCCGGGCCCGGACCCCCUGUCUGUCAGCCUGGCCGCACCCCCUCGGUCUCCGCCAUGAACGGGCCCGCCCUGCAGCCCUCCUCGGCCUCCUCCGCGUCCUCGUCGUCGGCGUCCCCGCGCGGCUGGAGCGAGUUCUGCGAGCUGCACGCGGUGGCCGCGGCCCGGGAGCUGGCCCGCCAGUACUGGCUCUUCGCCCGCGAGCACCCGCAGCACGCGCCGCUGCGCGCCGAGCUCGUGUCGCUGCAGUUCACCGACCUCUUCCAGCGCUACUUCUGCCGCGAGGUGCGCGAGGGCCGGGCCGCGCCACCGGCGCGCGACUACCGGGAGACGGGCCGCGGCGCCCCCGCCAAGGCCGAGGCGCCCCCCGCCGAGCCGGGCCCGGGCCCCGCCGCCCCCGGGCUGCCCAAGGCCCACAGCUCGGAGGAGCUGGCCCCGCCGCGGCCGCCCGCACCCUGCGCCCUCCAGCACCUGCGCCACAGCCUGCGCCACCUCUUCCGCCGCCGCUCGGCCGGGGAGCUGCCCGCCGGGGCCGCGGGGGAGGCAGGCGAGGCCCCCGCCCGGCCCGGCCUGGCCAGGAAGCUCCUGCCUUGGAGUCUGGCCCGGGAGCCGCCGCCCGAGGCCCUCAAGGAGGCGGCGCUGCGCUACAGCCUGGCCGACGAGGCCUCCAUGGACAGCGGCGCGCGCUGGCAGCGCGGGCGCCUGGCCCUGCGCCGCGCCCGGGGCCCCGACGGCGCCGACCGCGUGCUGGAGCUCUUCGACCCGCCCAAGAGUUCCAAGCCCAAGCUACAAGCAGCCUGUUCCAGCAUCCAGGAAGUCCGGCGGUGUACACGCCUCGAGAUGCCCGACAACCUCUAUACUUUUGUGCUGAAGGUGAAGGACCGGACAGACAUCAUCUUUGAGGUGGGAGAUGAGCAGCAGCUGAAUUCGUGGAUGGCUGAGCUCCGGGAGCACACAGGCCAAGGCAGGCUGGAAAACACAGACCCAGAGAUGCAUAUUCCCUCAGCCCUACAGCCCAGCACACCCAACUCUCCAAGGGGAAGCACAGAUUCCCUGAACCAAGGUGCUUCUCCUGGGGGUUUGUUGGACCCAGCCUGCCAGAAAACGGAUCACUUCCUGUCCUGCUACCCCUGGUUCCAUGGCCCCAUCUCCCGAGUGAAGGCAGCUCAGUUGGUUCAGCUGCAGGGCCCUGACGCUCACGGAGUGUUCCUGGUACGGCAGAGUGAGACUCGGCGUGGGGAGUAUGUGCUCACAUUCAACUUUCAGGGCAUAGCCAAGCACCUGCGCCUGUCGCUGACGGAGCGGGGCCAGUGCCGAGUGCAGCAUCUCCACUUCCCCUCGGUCGUGGACAUGCUGCACCACUUCCAGCGCUCACCCAUCCCACUCGAGUGUGGGGCUGCCUGUGACGUCCGGCUGUCCAGCUACGUGGUAGUCGUCUCCCAGCCACCAGGUUCCUCCAACACUGUCCUGUUCCCUUUCUCCCUCUCUCGCUGGGAUUCAGAGCUGGGCCUUCCCCACCUUAACUCUUCCGGCUGUCCGCGAGGGCUCAGCCCAGAGGGUCUCCCAGGCCGAUCCUCUCCCCCAGAGCAGAUCUUCCACCUGGUGCCUUCGCCCGAGGAACUGGCCAACAGCCUGCGGCACCUCGAGCCAGAGCCUGCCAGUCGAGCCCGGGACUCAGAUUACGAAAUGGAUGCCUCCUCCCGGAGCCACCUGCGGGCCAUAGACAAUCAGUACACACCUCUCUGACAGGUGGUGAGGAAGCCCAGGCCUAACAGACGCCCUUGAGGAGCACAAGCAAGCAGAGAUGGGAACUUAUGAAUGUAACUGUCUUUCCUUCCUUCCAGAGAGAGAUUUAAGGGACAGUGUUAACAGCUCAUUCCAGUUUGGAUGUAACCUUCUAUUGGGCCUGUUAAAGGGCCUCCUAUAAGUUUCAUCCAUCACCUGGCUUUCUCCUUAUUGUUUACAGAUGUAGUUCUUGUUCGUGGAUGCCACUGGCUCCUGCCUUGGGUCCCUAGGGCCAGUCCCCAUCACCCUGAGAGGAGGCAGCAGGGUGAGGGCCAGAGCUGGCAGUGGAAACUUGUUCUCUUUUUCACUGACACUGUCACAGAUGAUGACAGACUUCUACUAGGGGUGUCAUCAGGAAGCCCAAAACACUAACAAGCCCUGGAUUCUCAUAUGGUUUUCCAGUUGUAGCUUCAGCCCACGUGGCAGGUCUGCCGUACCCAUGCCACAGGUGACCACACCUAUCCUGCUUUGACUCUCGGCUUUAGGACAAGCUCUGGCAGAUGGACAAGCUAAAGGUCAAAAAUGAUUUUAAACAUUUUACCUCAGAUUAAUUUUUCAAAGGAUUCAGGUUUUAAAACUAAAUCAUUGCUUAUUUCAUUGCACUGUUUGAACUAACACCCAUGUGAUUUUUGUAGUCAGAGACAGCUAUGCAAACGCGACUUGACCAGUUCCUGGUCUGAGCCAGCAUGCCUGGCUUCCUCGUCUCCUGCGUCCUCAGGACAGUCACCUGCUGCUAAGUGGCCACUGUCCUUCCUAAAUGUAGAGAAGUGGAGCGUGACACCCUCUCAGGGAAGUUCAGGCAAUUACUGAAAUAGGACGGUGGAAAGGAACAGUUCUACCCAGAUGCCUUAUGAACAAAAACUGGGUUCUGGUUUACAGCAGCUUUAGGGUGAACGUUCAACUGAGGGGGGAGGGAGGGACAAAAAGGGAAGGGCUCCUGGGCCCUUUCUAGUAAAUCCGUCCCAACAGGGCUGGCUCAGAGACCCCCAAGCAUCUAAUGGCUUAUUACAAUUAUCCCACAAGGUUUUAGGCUCAUUUUUGAGCCAAAAUGGAAGCUAAGAAUCUGGUACCACAGCUAAUGAGAAAUUUCUUUAAUACCCCCCAGUCAACAUUCUGUUCAGCUGGUUACUGCUUCAUCUGAUGAAGAAUGUGUGUGCAUGUACACACGGGCACACACAAUCUCCAACAUCCAGGGAGGUCCUGCAGUCAAAUCGCCAUCUAUACUUGCCUUUCACAAGUGAUAAAAUUCAUGGGGGGCUGGCUCCUCCCAGAACUUUCAUGCGGAGGCUCAGAAACAAGGCGGGCAGUGACAGAGUGGAGUCAGCUGCUCCUGGGUGCCAGCAGAUCAUUACAGCCACCAGGCUUACCAAAGUGGCUUCUAGGAAACUGGGAGUUUAGCACAGCUUAACACUUACAGGUACAUCAGUCAGAGGCUAAAAUUAAACCUUGGCCUAAAACUAACUACUGACUGCCUUAUCUGGGUUAAGGGUUUGGUCUGCUCCCUCCAGCCGUUCUCUGUACUCCAAGAGGUCAGAGGUCAGACUUCUGUUUCUAGAAUUUUCUGGGGGUAUUUUGC